AUGAGUAACGAGACUUCGGAUAACGAACAAUCUGAUCACAUUCCAGAGAUUUUAGUCAUUGAGCAACAUACAGAUGAUGGCGAAAACAUGGAAGAGGAAGACGAUUCAGUUACAUCCGAGAUUCCAGACUCUUCUAUUUUAUUACAAAAUUCUAAAGUCGAAAUCGAAGAUGAACCAGAAUCAAAAAAAUUAUCACAACCAGAGGUAACACCAAAUCAAGAAUAUAACGAACAUCCUGUUCAAACUUCGACUUGUUGCCAUAUAAUAUGA